AUGUAUCAGAGCCUCUCAUCCUCAUCCUCUCUUCCUCUCAUCCUCAUCCUCUCAUCCUCAGCCUCUCCUCCUCAGCCUCUCAUCCUCAUCCUCUCUUCCUCUCAUCCUCAUCCUCUCCUCCUCAGCCUCUCCUCCUCAGCCUCUCAUCCUCAGCCUCUCUUCCUCAUCCUCUCCUCCUCAGCCUCUCAUCCUCAUCCUCUCAUCCUCAUCCUCUCCUCCUCAGCCUCUCCUCCUCAGCCUCUCCUCCUCAGCCUCUCUUCCUCAUCCUCUCCUCCUCAGCCUCUCAUCCUCAUCCUCUCAUCCUCAUCCUCUCCUCCUCAGCCUCUCAUCCUCAGCCUCUCCUCCUCAGCCUCUCUUCCUCAGCCUCUCAUCCUCAGCCUCUCUUCCUCAUCCUCUCCUCCUCAGCCUCUCAUCCUCAUCCUCUCUUCCUCAUCCUCUCCUCCUCAGCCUCUCCUCCUCAGCCUCUCAUCCUCAUCCUCUCUUCCUCUCAUCCUCAUCCUCUCAUCCUCAUCCUCUCCUCCUCAGCCUCUCCUCCUCAUCCUCUCCUCCUCAGCCUCUCCUCCUCAGCCUCUCAUCCUCAGCCUCUCUUCCUCAUCCUCUCCUCCUCAGCCUCUCAUCCUCAUCUUUUCAUCCUCUCUUCCUCAUCCUCUCCUCCUCAGCCUCUCCUCCUCAGCCUCUCAUCCUCAUCCUCUCAUCCUCAUCCUCUCCUCCUCAGCCUCUCAUCCUCAUCCUCUCAUCCUCAUCCUCUCCUCCUCAGCCUCUCAUCCUCAUCCUCUCAUCCUCAUCCUCUCAUCCUCAUCCUCUCAUCCUCUCAGCCUCUGCCUCUCUUAA